CUGUCUCAAGAAUGUCACUCUGGGCAGCUCCUCCGGCUUCACCGCAGCAGGCAUCCGCGUGUUGCUGAGCGCGCCGCAGCUGGAAUGGCUGGACCGGGGGCACACUGCCACCACCGACGCCGCUCUCGCCGGCAUCUCCCGCCUGCAGCGCCAUCGAGAGCUCUACCUGGACUGCACGCACAUCACCGACACUGCCAUGGCGCACCUGUCAAGAUACACGCCGGGGUUGCCCCUGCUCCUCGGGGAAGGGUCACAGGUGCAGAGCCUAGGGGGUUAUGGGCGCACUUACCCCGCUACUUAACAAGCCUUUUUAACUCAUUGAUUAGUGACUGAGUUCUGAUAGCACCUGCAGGGGCUGCCUGCGCUGGAAGGACUCACCAUUGAUGGCUGCUACUCUGUCAUGUCUGCCGGCAUGGUGCAUGUGGGAAGGCUGACAACGCUGGAGUGGCCCAGCCUGGAAGCUAGUCACGUGAGAGAGGAGGGACUGCAGCACUUGACCCCCCUCACUAGCUUGAAGCUCCUCACCUUGCCUCCUGGGGUGACUGACUGUGGGCUGAAGCAUGUGAGGCAGAUGUGUAUAUGAGCCAUGUGCACAUGGCUCAUAAGCUGGAUGUUGGAAGUGAUAAAAGGACUUAAGGCAUUUCAGGAGUCUUGCGUGGCUGUAACAAAAGCGCGAAGAACACAACAUCGAGAACUUCCAAGUCAAACCCUGCUACAGUACAUCCGAGGGUUGACGGAGGUUGACGACACCUCACGGAGGUUACAAAUGGGCAACGGUCGCUGACCGUUGACCAUGCAACCCAACCGUCAUAAGUACAAGAGUCGAAGUCAGCGCGAUUGCAAGGACAAAUAACCGUCCUGGUAUUACAGCACGGGUGGUUACCCGAGUCGCUCUUAUC